AAAGAGCAUCACGUGAUACGUUCCUUUUCCGGUUAUCGGCCCAUAAGUAAACAAGGCCUGAAGAUGAAGUUCAAUAAAAUGGUCUCCUCCUCAAGGAGGAAGAACAGAAAGCGUCACUUUAAUGCUCCCUCACACGUUCGUAGGAAGAUGAUGAGUUCUCCCCUAUCAAAGGAACUUCGCCAAAAAUACAACGUGAGGAGUAUGCCCAUCAGAAAGGAUGAUGAAGUGCAGGUUGUUCGUGGUCAUUACAAAGGACAACAAGUUGGGAAAAUCGUCCAGGUGUAUCGAAAAAAGUUUGUUGUGUAUAUUGAGAGAAUCCAGAGGGAGAAGGCUAAUGGAGCUUCUGUCCAUGUAGGACUCCACCCCUCCAAGGUGGUGAUAGUGAAAUUAAAGAUUGAUAAAGAUCGCAAAAGGAUUCUGGACCGAAAGGCUCGUUCUAGACAAGUUGCUGAUAAGGGCAAGCACACAGAAGAAAGUGUUGCAAUGGAAUCGUAAUAAAUUAUUGGGGAGAAAGCA